AUGCUUGGAAGUGUACGAAGCCUUGACGAGCAACAGGCAAGCCAGCGAUGUCGACGUCUGAAGCCACGACACAGUUCGGUUGUCGAGUGGAUUAAUGGUCUCUCCGACAACAACACGACGCAAACAGAAUGGGAACGGACUUGUUCAUCACCACGUUUGACACGACACGGCAGCGUCGUAUCAGUGGAUGAGACGGUACCAGAUGAAGCCACCAAACAUCGGAAUCAGCUGCUUGCAGCACUCAAGAAAGAGGUGAAAGUAAUCAUGGAGGAAGCUGUUACAAAACGACAAAUCGAUAUCAAUUCGCCCUAUGUUACGUCACUGUGUGGUCAGUUCGGAUCUUUGAAAGAAAUCGAAUAG